GUGUCCUUGAAAAACUUCAAAUUUCAAACAAAAAUACUGUGGAUUGGAGUGCAAAAGUUGCAAAUUUUCCAUACAUUAUUUUAGGACAAAAAUUCUGAGAAACAGAAAUAUGGAUUCAAUUAUGAGUUUCUUGUUUUCAUUAGCUGUAGCUAUCAAACUGGCUUUUGCUUCAGUUUUAUUUCUAAUACUGGCUGCAACGUUACUAUUGCCACUAACAUAUUAUUACUUGAAACAUUCCUUCAAGCUUGAGAGGCAAAAACGAGGAGACCAACUUAGUGUUGGUAUAUUUCAUCCCUAUGCCAAUGCUGGAGGUGGUGGAGAAAAAGUACUAUGGGUAGCACUUAGAGCUAUGUUGGAGAAAUAUCCACAUGCAACUUUCUACAUAUACACUGGCGACAUUGAAUUUUCGCCAAUAGAAAUCAAGAGGAAAGUAAAAAAUAGCCUCAAUGUAGAAAUAAACUUAGAUAAAGUGAAAUUUAUUUAUCUAACUAGAAGAAAAUGGGUUGAAGCUGAUAUGUAUCCAAUAUUCACUUUAUUAGGACAAGUAUUGGGCUCUAUGUGGCUGGGAUUUGAGGCUUUAUGUGCAAUAAAUCCUGAUAUUUUCAUUGAAACGACUGGUUUUUCAUUCACUCUUCCUUUGUUUAAAUUCCUAGGAGGUUGCAAGACAGGAUGUUAUGUCCAUUAUCCGAUUAUAACCAAAGAAAUGUUGAGGAGAGUGCAGAAUAGAAGGAAUAUUUAUAAUAACAGUAACUUUAUUUCAAAAAGUUCCACUUUAACUUAUUCAAAGUUAAUUUAUUAUCACUUCCUGGCUUGGAUGUACAGUUUAGCAGGCCAAUGUUCAGACGCAACAAUAGUAAACUCAACAUUCACAUUAGAAAACUUACAAAUAUUAUGGACCACCCCCAUGUCCCUGGUAUAUCCACCUUGUGAAGUAGACCACCUAAAAAAAAUCACUCACGAUUCAAACAGACCUUCCGAAAUACGAAUUUUAAGUUUGGCCCAAUUCAGACCCGAAAAAGAUCACCCGCUUCAACUGCAAGCAUUUUAUGAACUCAGAGAAAUUAUUCCUGAACAUGUUUUCGAAAAUGUCACGUUGGUUUUGUGCGGAAGUUGCAGAAACCAGGGAGAUUCUGAAAGAGUUAAAGACUUGCAGGAUCUUUCCAAGCAUUUAUCUUUGGAAAAUAAUGUCGAAUUUAAAGUUAAUAUUUCCUAUAAUGAUUUAUUGGAAGAAUUUAGUAAGGCUUAUAUUGGGAUUCAUACAAUGUUGGACGAGCAUUUUGGUAUCAGUGUUGUUGAACAAAUGGCAGCAGGUUUGAUUAUGGUCGCCCAUAAAUCCGGAGGGCCACUGCUAGACAUAAUCGAAACUUCGGAAGGUUCCAGAUUAGGAUUUUUGGCCAACACCGCCGAAGAGUUUGCCAUUUUGCUCAAAUGGAUAAUACAAGCCAGAAGUCAAGAAAUAAAUGAAAUUAGAGAGAGGGCCAGAGCGAGCUGUGAUAGGUUUAGUUGUAAAAAAUUUGAGGAUGACUUUCUAAGAGCUAUUGAGCCAAUUUUUAAGUAACCUAAGAACUUUUCCUUUUGCUGGUACACUAAGUUGAUUUUGUAUUAUGUAUUUGAUAAAAGUGUUAUAGCAUCAUGAUGGCACACAGAUUUCUUUUCCUAUAAUAGGCCUUUUGUCAUAAUUUUUAAAUAAAAAAUUAUUCAAGUGAGAUGAAGACAGAGUCUCCAUCUAUUUUCUGAUCGGCACACUAAAAAUUGCAACCAACAACUGUAUAAAACUAGUAUUAAAUUGGAGCAAAUCAACAGAGACUCCGUCUUCAUCUCACUUGUAUCAAACCCAGUUCCGGGAAGGAACCAAAAAUGGGUUGUGUUUUCUCUCUGCGGAACCUAACCGUGCUGAUGAACUGUGAUACAGCGAAACGCGUCCACGGAUGGUCUUGCAGAGAGAAAACACUUCUCAAUCGGUCCUUAAUUGGGCCGUUACCUAAUUAAAAUAUUAUUGUUUAUUUACUUCUUUUUUGUGGAUGGAGGUUUAUUUUAAUUGAA